AUGCCUCCUAAGACAGGGCGCGGUCGCAAGUCAAUUGCUGGGCCACGGAAAUCAACCGCCGCCGCCGCCGUCACUACUGCUGCUGCUACUGAUGAUGGUGCCGCCGCUGCUGCCGGCCCGUCAACUGCCCCAGCUGCGACGACCACAACCCCGGCCGCUCGCGGGCGUAAACCUGCGGGUGUCACCAAAGGCAAGCGACCGGCUAAAGCGCCCAGGACAUCCAAUGUUGAACCGGGUGAUCCCACCCCCACAGGUCGUCGUCGCCGGUACAAACCUGGAACGGUUGCCCUGAAGGAGAUCCGCCAUUACCAACGCUCAUUCGACCUGCUCAUCCGAAAGCUACCAUUCGCGCGACUGGUCCGCGAGGUUGCCUUGGAUCUUCUCCCCGCCGAAGUCGGCUCCGAGCUGCGCUGGCAAUCGCAUGCGAUCUUGGCUCUUCAGGAAGCCGCCGAGGCGUUUCUGGUCCAUCUUUUCGAGGACACCAAUCUCUGUGCCAUCCAUGCCAAGCGCGUGACCAUCAUGCAGAAGGAUAUCCAGCUUGCUCGACGCAUCCGGGGUGUCUGGGGUGGUCUGGGUUAG